GACUUACUCUCCAGUGUAUGUGGCAGUCAGUCAUCACCUAAACUGAUGAGGAUCCACUGAUUGAUUUCAAAACUUAAGUUCCUUGUCUUUUUCGUUUUUUCUAGCGGAAAGAAUGUCGGAAAGGGCCGAGGAUGACGUCAGAGGGGAGCAGCGCCGAGCGCCCAGGCAGCAGCUGAAGCAGCAGCAGAUCCAGCGGGGAGAAGGCUCCACAGCAAUGGCGACUGUUGCGGAGCGGAGAUCCAUGCCGAGUCCAGAAAUAAUGCUGGGACAGCCUUGGAGCAGCUGGGUCGACGCUGCCAAACUCCACGGAAACGACGGUGCUGAAUCAGAGGAAAGUUUCAAAGACUUCGGGAAAAAUCGAGAAGCCAUGCGUCUGAGCAGAGAAGGUGAGUGUCUUUUCUUCUUCUCGGGCCAAAGGUGUAUUUUUCUGCCGGUAGUUUGUGGACAUAUACGCGCUAACAUUUUCAGGCGUCAUGUCGGACAAAAUCUAAACCCAGUCAUCGGCUUUCCCAUUUAGCAGCACCACCGGAUAUAAUCAAUGAAACGUGUGUUAUUCGCGGCUUAGUUGACAUUUACAUCCCUACCCCAAAAUAACUGGCCUGGUAACAACUUUAGACUUGCUGUAGUUAAUUAUAGGCCAAACACGGUGAUAUUAUGUUCGCAGUCUGAUUUGCAGUGAUGUCU